CACCGACCUGGAAGGAGAUUGUUCUGUUCUGUUUUGCAGGUGAAUGACCUCUGCUGGCAUGUGCGCUGCCUCUCCUGCAGUGUCUGCAGGACGUCCCUAGGAAGGCACACGAGCUGCUAUAUCAAAGAUAAAGAUAUCUUCUGCAAACUCGACUAUUUCAGGCGGUACGGGACCCGCUGCUCCCGCUGCGGGAGGCACAUCCAUGCUACCGACUGGGUCCGCAGGGCUAAAGGGAACGUCUACCACUUGGCGUGCUUCGCCUGCUUCUCCUGCAAGAGGCAGCUUUCUACGGGAGAGGAGUUUGCCUUGGUCGAGGAGAAAGUCCUGUGCAGAGUACAUUACGACUGCAUGUUGGACAACCUGAAAAGAGAAGUCGAAAAUGGUAAUGGGAUUAGUGUGGAAGGAGCACUACUAACAGAACAAGAUGUGAAUCAUCCAAAACCAGCAAAAAGAGCUCGGACCAGCUUCACAGCAGAUCAGCUCCAGGUUAUGCAAGCACAGUUUGCUCAGGACAACAAUCCAGAUGCACAAACGCUCCAGAAACUGGCAGAAAGAACGGGCUUGAGCAGGCGUGUUAUACAGGUGUGGUUUCAAAACUGCAGAGCACGCCACAAGAAACACGUCAGCCCCAAUCACUCAUCUAGUGCUCCCGUCACAGCCGUUCAGCCCUCCAGGCUGUCUCCACCCAUGUUAGAAGAGAUGGCGUAUUCUGCGUACGUACCCCAGGACGGGACAAUGUUAACUGCUCUGCACAGCUAUAUGGAUGCUCAUUCUCCGACAGCUCUUGGACUCCAGCCUCUGCUACCCCACUCAAUGACACAACUGCCACUAAGUCACACCUAAUUCCUUUCUGUCAGGGAUAUAAGCUACUAAGGGUGUAACCUUAAGUCAUUUAUUGAGUAUUAAAAAUAUCAUUGGAAAGAUAUUAAUGUUAACUUUUUAUUUAACAUUCAAAGCAUUUUCAAGAUCAAUUUUGCUGCCCAGGUAUGUAAGUGUAUUUAGCCUGCAAGACACUUUUAUGGAUUCUGCAUAACUAACUAUUACAUUGUUUACAAGCCUUAUUCAACACCUUUUUGUAUUGUCUGGAAGUAGUCCACUCUAGUUAUGUGUGUGUUAAUUUAUUUGUCAUCAAAAGAGCACUUUGCCUAAAAGAAAGGACUGACAAUUGUGCAAAAUGUUUACAAUUCUCUGUGAAAUUGUAGUUUAUCAUUAGUUUGUAUCUGUAAGUUAUUGCUGAAAGUAUUACCUGUAUUUGAGUUGUAACAGCCUCUAUGUUAAAGCUUAUUUCUGUGAGUUUACAAAAAUAAAUUUUGGUUGCAAAUAUUUUCCAAAUGAACUGAAUAAAGUUUCUGCUGUAGCAUGCCAAGCAA